CCUCCUCUAAUACGUAAUACCAGCUUGGAACGGUGGAUAGGAGUAGUGCAGUGCAAUUCACGCCUCAGGAUUAAAUUUAUUCCGACCACCUGCGCUUCCAUUCGAACCCUAACACCGGCGUAAUGGCGGCGGCAGCCAUUAGUUUCGGUUUAGUUGGAGCUUUCAAAGGCUUGUCCUUAGCAUCUUCCUCUUUCUUCCCAGGCGACUUUGCCUCGCCUCGCACCGGCCGUAGGACUUCCGUCGCUUUUCCUUUGAAAUCUAAGGUUCCGCUGACGAUUUGGUCGGCGCACAAGAAGGGCGCCGGAAGUACGAAGAACGGUAGAGACUCGCCGGGACAGCGGCUGGGUGUCAAAAUUUUCGGUGAUCAAGCAGCAAAGCCCGGGGCUAUAAUCGUUCGCCAGAGAGGAACCAAGUUCCAUGCCGGGAAGAAUGUCGGAAUAGGCAAGGAUCACACAAUCUUUUCCUUGAUCGAUGGACUAGUCAAAUUCGAGAAGUUUGGACCGGAUAGGAAAAAGAUUAGUGUGUACCCACGAAUAACACAGCCAGAGAACCCAAACAGCUACAGGGCACGAAAAAGGGAGGCCUUCAGAUCACAGCGGGAGCGUAGAAAGGCGCGAAGGGAAGGAAAUAUGGACAUACCACCACAGUUGACAAUGGUUCCUGCUUCAUCUGCAAUUAAGCCCUUGGUAACAUGCUGCUAAUAUGGCUAGGGCUUUUUUCCCACUUUUACCUCACCUUCUUGCUUUUGUAUCAUUUUAUUAGGGAGUAUUAUUGUUAUUUCAAGGAGUCAAGAUUGUGUAGUCUUGAUUCUGUUUGUGUAAAUGAUACAAGAUCAAUGCAUGAGACCCAAGUUUCGUACUGUCUGUUGUACCCGAGCACCAUUGAUAAAUUAUAUGAAGUGAUAAAUUAUCAAGUACAGCUCUGCCGCCA